CUCCAUACAAAGUCAGUCGUAUUUUGUGCUAAUGAUAUUUGAUUGGACAUGUUUCUUACUGCUGUCUGGUUAACUGCUCUAGCAUUAUUUACACGUGGUGAUGUAUUACCAAGGCCUAACUACAAUUACAUACAUAGCCCUCUGUGUGCGUCCAAUUUCGGAACGUUUGCAUCUAGGAAACAUUUCUGGAUCGCACAGAAAAGGAACCCAAGUCUAAAAGUACUACAUAGAGGGAAAUGUAAGAGAAUCUGUCAAAUAUAUGCUCCUGUUUGUGGAAGUAACGAUCAAACUUAUAAUAAUUUGUGCCACUUGGACUAUAAUAGAAAUACUGUUAAAAACCUGCACUAUAUGUACAAUGGGAAAUGUGUGAAUAGAGCUAAAUCUGACAAUAAACAUAGAACAAAAUUGUUUCAGUUCAAUUACUAUGACGACACUUUUAAUUUUGAACAAGAUGGAAGAGAAGAGAAACAAAAGUUGUGCGCUUUGUCCAAAUAA